AUGGUCAAAGCAGUGCCCACGCCCGUGGCGCUGCCCGUUACACAGGGCGGCUCGUCAUCACUCUCCUUCACACAAGGUUUCCUACUCGGCCAGCUCUCGAUUGCGAUUUUGAUGUUCUGCUUCAUAAAGUUCUUCAUCUUCGGAGAGCCGCCGUCCGCCGACGACCGCGCAUUGCAUCUCAACUCGCUCCGCCGAGCUCGAACUUUAGCACACCAACAGUCGUAUAAGCAACUUAGAACGCGCGCAAACUCGACGUCUCUCUCCUUACGGCAUAAACCAUCCAGAAGUAUAAUACGAAAGGGCGAGGAGAGCAGGGGAGGCCCAAGCAUACAGACUAUCCUCGCAAAGACGUAUUACAACGUAAAGGGACACCAACCAGAGAGCUUAGAUUGGUUCAAUGUGCUCAUUGCGCAAACAAUCGCACAGCUGAGAGCCGAUGCGCGACAGGACGAUGCGAUCCUUACCUCCCUCACCGACAUCUUGAACACGGGCAGCAAGCCGGAUUGGAUAGGCGAGAUCAGAGUGACGGAGAUAGCAUUGGGUGAUGAGUUCCCCAUAUUCAGCAACUGCAGAGUCAUGCCAGCAGAAGACGGAUUCUGGUACGGGCCAGGCAAUACGGAUGAGAAGGAGAGACUGCAAGCGCGCAUGGACGUUGAUCUGAGCGAUGUCAUUACCAUCGGCGUAGAGACGACACUGAACCUGAACUGGCCGAAACCCAUGUCCGCAGUCUUGCCAGUCGCACUCGCUGUGAGCAUUGUCCGAUUCUCAGGAACCCUCGCCGUAUCCUUCAUACCCUCCUCCUCGCCUCCACCAACCACCGCGCCCAUGCCAUCGCCAACAUCAAACACACACCGAGGUUCCUCGCCGAGCCGACCAGCAUCCUCAUCAGGUGCUCCACCACACCGUCCCACGACAUUAGCCUUCACCUUCCUAGACGACUACCGUCUCGACCUCUCCGUGCGUUCCCUAGUCGGUUCGCGAUCACGACUUCAAGACGUACCCAAAAUCGCCCAGCUCAUCGAAUCCCGCGUCCACGCCUGGUUCGACGAACGAGCCGUAGAGCCCCGCUUCCAGCAAAUCGUGCUCCCAUCACUCUGGCCCCGCAAACACAACACACGCGGCGGCGCCACAGAGGAUGCCGACGCAGCCGGCGAGAACGAAGAGGAUGAGGACGACGAAAUCGCCGUCAUGGAAGGAAACGGCACAGCUCCUGGCUCAACAUCCUUCAUCCCCAGCCCCAUCGCCGAAAACGCCACCCUAGAAGAGCGCAUAGAAGCAGAAGGCCAGAAGAUGCGAGAAGCGGAGAUCAGAGCUGGGGUUAGGAAACCUAGUGCAACAGACUCUCGUAGCCAGAGUAGAAAUACCCGGGAAGACGGCAUGCGGUGGCGCGGCGAGCAGAGAGACCGGCCCAAGGGGUCGGGGAGACCGAAACUGCAGAGCCGGACUACGACGGGCAUUGCGGGAGCCAUACCAGGCGCUUUACCGAGGUGA